AUGAUUCUCGGCGACCUUUGGAUUCGGAUUCGGCGUUCUUCGGCGCGAUUCUCGGCGUUCUUCGGUGGCGGACGCUGGGAAGCGCAAGGACACCCAGUGCGAGGAUCGUCGUCCGAGAGUUUUAGAGUACAUGCUGAUGGACAUAUUGGCCCUUCCUCCGACCCUCAAAUUGGAACUGAAUCUACUUCAGUUCCAUCGCCUUCGGUUCCACCUUCUUCUUCAAUGCAACACUCGAAUGAUGAAGAAGAUAGCCGAUUCAUGAUAUGCCCAUUUGGAGAUUCAUUCACGGAUGCUACGUAUGUUGUGAGGAAACUUAAUAAAAUAAUCAAUAAUUGUUGGAUGUGGCAGUAUAGUAGUUGGACCAUCGCUCUAAAAGAAGUAAAGGAAUUGUGGUGGAAUGAGUUCAAGCGGAAGUUCAGGUGGGAUGAAGCGGAAGAGAAAGAAGUUAGAAGAAUUUUUAAGAAGAAAGCCGGUGAUCACAUGCGAAACGUGAUGAAUAGAGCAAAGAGAAGUCAAGAAAAGCCGGAUUUUAUUACAGCUGACAAUUGGACGGAAAUUAAGAGAACUUGGGAUACCGAAAAGCAUAAGCAAAUCAGUGAAAUAAAUAAUAAGAAUCGAGCUUCUAGUUCUAGUGAAGGGUCUGCCACAUAUGCUGGGGGCUCUAUCAACAUCGGGGAGCAUAGAAAAAGAAUGGCAGAUGAAUUGAGGACGGAACCGACAUUUAUAGCUACAUUUGAAUGCACAUUUUAGAAAAAAGAUAAGACAUGGAUUGGCAAUCGAGCAAAAGCUAUUAAGUGGUGAUGGUGAUGGUUUUGCUGCGUCCGAGCCAUCGGUUGACAGUAUGGCAUUAUGGGUGGAGGCAUCGGGUGGAAUGAGAAGAGGUCAAAUAUUUGGGAUGGGAUCCUUGUCAAGGAUAUACACAACGCCGGCCGCUGCAACUUCAUCCUCCAAUGCGGCUUUUUUAAGGAGGACACAACACGAGGAGCAAAUGACCCAAGAAUUGAACCAACUGAAACAUUUACUUGUACAGAAGGACGAAGAAAUAAGAGGAGUGAAACAACAUUUGCAAUUGAUCAUGCGACACCUCAA